UGCUAAGCCGGUACAGGAUACGUUCUCUCAUAAACCCUAGACACCCCCUUCCCCCACAGCCCAAACACAGCGCCGCCGGUCCCUGCCUCUCUCCGCCGGACGCCUCCACCCGCCGCACCUCACUCCGCUGAUGAGAAAGCCGCUCAUGCCGCGCGGCAAGUCCGCUCCCGGGGAGAGGCAGCGCCACGGUCCGCGCCUGCCCACGGCGAUGCGCCGCGAGAUCGACUCUCUGGGGCCCCGCCCCGCCCGGGGCUCCGAGGACGACGAGGGGUCCGGCGACUCGGGGGCCGAGGAUGUGUACGAGUACGAGGAAGGAGUGCCCGAGGAGGAGGCCGGCAAGAACGGCCGCUACGACGCCGUCGCCAGUUACGAGUACGAGUUCGACAGCGAUGCCUCGGAUGCGGAUGAGGAUGUGCCAUCAGAUGAAGGCGAUGAUAUGGAGGAAGAUGACAAUGAGGACGGCGAUGAUGAGGAGAAGCAGAUAAGGAUACUUCAGGAGACGACUGGAAUGCCAAGAGAAGCUUUUGAUGGAAAUAAGAAGAAGAAACAGUCACUGGAGCUGCCUGUGCAGCCUGGAUAUGGAGAUGGACCUGUCACAAUUAAUGACCUCUUGGAUAAUAUCCAAGGUAAGUCUGGGUAUAGCAAGAUCCGUAAGAGGCUGCAGCAGCAAGAGAAAAAACAAAUGGUCGUGCCGGCCCCACUUCCAAAAGUGGAGAGGGAUAAGCUAGACCGUAAGGUGACAUACAAGCUAUCCAGUGCGGAGGUCACCAGGUGGGAGGGGUUAGUAACGAGGAACCGACAAGCUCCUACACUAUACUUCGAAAAUGAUGUCAACUUGGGUGUGAACACUGUUGGGGCAAUUGCUAGCGACUUUAAGCCAAGGACUAAGUUUGAAAAGGCGAUGGCUGAGAUUGUGUACAGCAGAGAAAUGAUGGAAGCACACAAGAACGAUGGUGCCAAAAUCCUGGAACUUAACAAGAUUGAUGUUGAAGAUGUGAGAGAACGCCAAAAUCGCCUUGCUAAAAUGCGCAGCCUUCUAUUUCGUCAUGAGAUGAAAGCAAAACGUGUGAAGAAGAUCAAGUCCAGGACAUAUCACCGGAUGUUGAAGAAGGACAAACUGAAGGCAGCAUCAGCAGAUUUGGAUGCAGAUCCUGAAGCUGUCAAAGAUUAUGCUAGGAAACAAGAAUUUAAACGUGCAGAGGAAAGGAUGACACUGAAGCACAAGAACACAUCAAAGUGGGCAAAGCGAAUCUUGAAGCGUGGAUUGUCUGUUCAAGAUGAAGGCACUCGAGCUGCUAUUACAGCACAACUCCAACAAAAUACUCUUCUGACUAGAAAAAUGAAUUCCAUGAAAGAUGAUUCUAGUAGUAGCGAGGAAAGUUCAGAUGACGAUGAAGACGGGAACGAAUCAGAAGCAAAGCUUUUAAACAAAGGGAAAGCAAAGAUUCUUAAAGUUCUCGAAGAAGAUGAUGAGAUACCGAAAUCUGGAGUUUUUUCGUUGCCUUUCAUGGAGCGUGCUAUGAAAAAGCAUGAGGAAGCGACAUAUGAGGAAGCACGUCAAGCUCUUGAAGAAUACGAUGAAUCCUUGAGGAAGUUGGAGGACGAUAACACUGAACAGAAUGAAGAUUCAAUAAAGGUGACAGGUAAAAGAACUUUUGGUCCUGUCAAAAAUACACACGAAGAGGUUAAUAAGAGGCCAAAAUUAGAAGACACUGACAACCACAGUGAUAGUGAGUAUGAUUCUGACUCUGCCCAACACUUGGGCAACAAUGAAGUAAUUAAGAAGCAAGAUGACAUCCAACUUGGAACUGCACUACUGGACGAUGAACCACAGAAUGAUCUGUUUGUAAGCUUCAAUGAUAUUACCGAAAAUCCAGGCCCUAAAACAACAUUUGAAGUUGGAAUGUUCGCUGACAAUUCAUGGAAGAAGGUCAAGAGUAGCAAAGGAAAUGACAAUAGCAAUAUCAACGGCAUUACCAAUAAAUCCAAAUCGCAGGUCCCUUCUAUUGUAGAUCGAAACCCUAAGCAACAGGAUCACAAUUCUGAUUCAGAAUUGGAGGAAGAGAUGGUUGAGGGCUUCUUGACCAUCUCUGAUACAAAGGAAACUUAUGAACUUCCACCGCAAGCUGAUCUCAUACGUCAGGCUUUUGCUGGCGAUGAUGUUGAAGCUGAGUUUGAGAAGGACAAAAUGGAAGUUUUAAAUGAAGAGAAUCCUGAACCUGAAAAACCUGCUCUUGUUCCUGGUUGGGGCCAGUGGACAGACAUCCAAAAGAAAAAAGGACUUCCUUCAUGGAUGGUGAAAGAACAUGAGAUUGCUAAAAGGAAUAGAGAAGAAGCCUUGAAGAGGAGGAAGGACUCAAAGCUAAAGCACGUUAUUAUUUCUGAACAUGUAGAUAAGAAGGCUGAAAAGCUUUUAGUAAGGAAUUUGCCUUUCCCUUACACUUCGAAGGAUGUGUACGAGCAGAGCAUCCGUAUGCCUAUUGGACCUGAUUUUAACCCAGCGAUAUCUGUUUCCGCUCUCAAUCGACCUGCGAUCGUUAAGAAGCCUGGUGUUAUCAUUAAGCCAAUACAAUAUGAGGAGGUUGAUCCCCAUGAGAAGCCUGAUGAACCGAAAAGGAUCAUUCAGAGAUCAGCUCCGAAUCCAAAUGCAAAGAAAACCUCUGCAAGACAAGCAAAGGGGGCAAGGUCACACAAGAUAAAGCGAUAAGACCAUUGCUUCAACAAUAUAAUUGUUUCCGUUUCAUGUGGUUGGAAGUGAGGACGUAUCAAAGAUAGCUCAGCUGAAAUUUGUUGCCACAUUGAGUUUCAAACAACAAACCGGGAAGUGUGUAUAAUGAUUUUUCUCAUAGUGAAAUACUGAAAACGAGUUCCAGCUUCAGCUUGACCCAAGGCAAGGGAGGAAUUUUGAGGUCCGUUUGUUGUCAUGUCACCGGUUUAUCAAUGACGUGCACCAAGCAGUUCCUGCACCAAAACAGAGAAAUUUUAGCAGAGAGUAUUUGUAUCUUAGUUUCCUAUUGUUUUGCAACAGAUCAUUCUAAUUUGUAGCCAGUGAUGCUAUUUUCCAGUUACUUAUGGGUGUAUUGGAAACUGGGGCGAAUGACAAUUGGUUGAGAAAUGCCACUAUUUUUAAAUUAAGCCCCAUUUUCGAGACGGCAGUAAAAUUGGUUGAUUUACGUGCAA